UUGAUCCCGUUUAAUUUCAGCCUACCAAAGCCUUUACCCGCAACUUUUCAGACGAAUGCAUCGCAACACGCAGCACCGGAGAGCGAUGCACCGUCUUCAGUGCUUGCCGUACGAAGUAGUCCGGUUGCUGAAAAUCGUUUAGGUGUUCGGGCCAGUGUUUCCAGCAGGGAGCAAUCGCCGUACCAAAGGAGUUCCAAUUUAAAACUCACAUCGUUCAAUAGCGCUGCGCCAAGCGUCGAUUCCCGCAAAUUGAGUGCUCCUCAGCAGGGCCCUGGUGCUGGUUCCAUUUACGGGAACUGGUCACAGCAGCAACCAGCAUCACAGAUCUCGCAAUCAUCCGAGUCACCGUGGGGAAAUCCUGCAUCCUUCGACAAGGUACAAACUGCUUCAUCUUCGGCAGCGAGUACCAUACAACAGGAGCAGUGCUUUACGCCUACAUCGACAUUAACAAGUCAGGGUAGCACAAGCAACUAUUCGUCGCAACAGGUGCAGACUCCAGGAUCCCCGAAUUCGCAGCAGCAUAUGUAUAGUGGCGGACGAUUUGCCAGUAGUGCGGGUGCUGCAAGCCUGUAUGGUAAUUUAGGCGAUGACUGUAGAACACUGCUCGAUACUCCUGAUCGAGAUCGAACCCUCAGAUCUCAGCAGCAACAGCAGCAACAACAGAAAUCUCUGCGUUCCGCAACUGCAACAGGAAGUACUUCAGUGCGACAUCAAAUUAAAGUCAGUACAGGAGGCUCACGUCAGGACGACUCAGCGAACUACAGUCUAACAUCUAGCAAUGAAUCUGCGGAGAAUACUCGUCUCGUUGGGCAAACAAGUCGCACUAUUGAUUCAUCUGAAUAUGCUACCAGUGUUGUUUGA